ACGGCAUACUGACCAGAGCUGCGCUCUGUGGGACAAUGCUUCCUGGCUCUGAUGUGCCAUGGGAAGCUGCCCGGCUGUGAGUCAGGCAGGCAGCAGCCAUGAGCUGAAGCUCGGGAGGAGGAGUCGGGAAACCGGACACCUGGCUCUUAGUGCAAUCUCAGAACCUUGCUACAUUUUUCUCUUUAAUCUUCUUAAAAGAGGAGGAAUUCUCCCUAAAUAUGGACAGAAAAGGGGAUUAUUCAAAUUUCCUUGGAUUUCUCUAACCCACGGUCCCAGCAAUCUUGCAUCCUGUGUUUUGUGAGGCCAACCAAAUACUUGCGAACACAGCAGGCUCCAGCCUGAGAGGUGCUGAGCCAGUCGGGGCCUGAGUGGCCAGGCAGAGCUGAAGCAACUAAGCAAAAGCUCAGCUCUCCAGUGCCCCCCCCUCCUCCCCACAUGCGGCUUCUGAGACUUGUUUACCGGACUCCCCAUUCCCAUAGAGAUGGGACUGGUAGCCUGUCCUCAGCUCCUUGUCCAUAGCUGUACCUUCUCUUGUGAGAAACAGGAAGCUGGAACCUUUGGCAGCUCAGCGGCACCCUCUACAUUAAAUAUUUAUCUUGGAGCCCAGGUCAGAGCCCUAGAGCCUAAGAAGUUCGCUCCUGCUGAGGGGGAUGGCCAGGAUUCCUGGACUUGGAAGAUCUUCAGCUCCGUCGUCUUUGGAGAACAAGGAAGAGAACGAAAGUGAUGUGACCCUUCUUAACCCCAGGGAUCCUGACAGCAGAGUACACACGAAGGAGCAGCUGGCACAUCCUGUGUCCUCCAACCUUGACCCAAGCAUGCAAGGCCUCCCUGCUGGGCUCAGCCUGGACGAUUUCAUUCCUGAUCACCUACGAGCCCAUAUAGGCCCAUCCUCCCGGGGGACGAGGGUGCCUGUGAUCCGGAAUGGUUGCUCCAACACCCUUAAUUUCCAGUUCCAUGACCCUGCGCCCAGGACUGUGUGCAAUGGCUGUGCCCCACCCAGGAGAGAUGGUCCCCAGCAUCCAGACCCAGCAUGGUAUCAGACCUGGCCAGGCCCUGGGAGCCGGCCCUCUGGAAGCCUCAAGCAACCCGUCUCCCAGCAUGCCCAGAACUGGUCAGCCACAUGGACCAAGGACAGCAAGCGGCGGGACAAGCGUUGGGUGAAGUACGAGGGAAUCGGGCCCGUGGAUGAGAGCGGCAUGCCCAUUGCCCCCCGAUCUAGUGUUGACAGCCCCAGAGACUGGUAUCGGAGAAUGUUCCAGCAAAUUCACCGGAAAAUGCCAGAUCUACAGUUUGACUGGACCUUGGAAGACCCACCCAAAGUGGUUUCCUCGCGUGCCUCUUCUGCAGACUCCAGGCAUCCAGAACCCCAGCAAAGACCUGCCUCCAGGCCUGGCACAUCAGUGACUUCUAGCGGAAGAAACUGGCACCACUCUGAAGAACCAUCUAGAAACACCUUUAACUAUAAUUUUGGACCAUCCUCUUCGGGACUCCAACCCCCAAAUCAGGUGCCCAGACGCCGAGAGAAAGUAGAGAGUGUCUGGACAGAAGACUCCUGGAACCAGUUUCUGCAAGAACUAGAAACUGGGCAUAAGCCCAAGAAACCACUGGUGGAUGACCCCGUUGAGAAACCUGCACAGCCCAUUGAGGUCCUGCUAGAAAGAGAAUUGGCCAAGCUGAGUGCAGAGCUGGACAAGGACCUGCGGGCCAUCGAGACCCGCCUACCAUCCCCCAAGAACUCGCAGGCGCCACGACGGUCCUUUGAGCAGCCCGCCACAGAGCAGCGGCCCUCGGCCCGCACGGCCUCAGCCUGGAGGCCCAGAUCCCCGCAUGCACCUUACUUCGGUUCUUCCCGACCCCUGAGCCCCCACAGAAUGGCAGAUGGAGGAGGAAGCCCCUUCUUGGGACGAAGAGAUUUUGUCUACCCUUCCUCAGCCCGAGAGCCUAGUGCCUCUGAAAGGGGUAGCAGCCCUGCGAGGAAGGAGGAGAAGAAGAGGAAGGCUGCCCGGCUCAAGUUUGACUUCCAGGCCCAGUCCCCCAAGGAGCUGACUCUGCAGAAGGGCGACAUUGUCUAUAUCCACAAAGAAGUGGACAAGAACUGGCUGGAGGGGGAGCACCAUGGCCGGCUAGGCAUUCCAGCCAAUUAUGUGGAGGUGCUGCCUGCAGAUGAGAUCCCCAAGCCCAUCAAGUCACCCACAUACCAGGUGCUGGAGUACGGAGACGCCGUGGCCCUGUACACCUUCAAGGGAGAGCUGGAGGUGGAACUGUCCUUCCGAAAGGGGGAGCACAUCUGCCUGAUCCGCAAGGUGAAUGAACAUUGGUACGAGGGGCGUAUCACAGGCACGGGGCGCCAAGGCAUCUUCCCGGCCAGCUACGUGCAGAUAAAUCGGGAACCCCGACUCCGGCUCUGCGAUGAUAGCCCCCAGCUCCCUACAUCACCUCACCUGACAGCCACUUCUCGUCUAGCCUAUCACCCCAGUUCCCCCUCAGUGCAAGUGGACCCCACAGACUGGGGAGGUCGGACCUCCCCUCGCCGCUCUGGCUUCCCCUUCCCCAUCACCCUCCAGGAGCCCAGAUCCCAAACCCAGGGUCUCAGCACUCCUGGGCCAGCCCUAUCCCAUCCUCGAGGUACCAGUCAUGCCGUAGACCUGGGGGCCUCCUCCCCAAGCACCACAGAAAUACACUGGACUCCGUACCGGGCUAUGUACCAGUACAGACCCCAGAACGAGGACGAGCUGGAACUCCGUGAGGGGGACCGUGUGGAUGUCAUGCAGCAAUGUGACGAUGGCUGGUUUGUGGGUGUCUCCCGGAGAACUCAGAAAUUUGGGACAUUCCCUGGAAAUUAUGUAGCCCCGGUGUGAGUGGUCUCCGUGGCAAUUUGGAGCCAACGAGGACGGGGUGGGGGAGCAGUAGCACUAUGGGAGGGAGAGAGGCCCCCCACAUCAUCCUCCCCUCCAGGACCUGCGCUCCCAGCAUCUGCAGCGAGACCCCAGCAAUCUUCCCUCCAAGCCCCCUUGAAGUCCCCUGGACUGAUUCCCACCCGCGCGUCACAGGCAUUCCUUUGACAGCACCCCCCUCACAACCCCUCAAAUACAGACGUCUGCUCUGAUGUGGAGACUGCCUGCCGGCCUUAUUGAGACCAGACCCCCAGGCCCCCAACCCCCCAGCGUUUCCCCUAAUGGGGGCUGGCUCUUGCUUCACCCCCAUGGGGUUCCUCUAAUAAGGACCAGCCUCCUACCCUGUGGAGACCAAAGGCCUCCCGCUUCUCACCAGCUUGCCCGCCACCACUUUACCUUCUGGCUUCCAGCUGGGCCUGCAAGCAAGGUGGGGAACACCUUGUCAGCCUUCAAGGCCCAGUGAGAGGCCUUGCCUCAAGACUUUCUCUUCCCAGAGGCAACUGACCCCCUGGGUAGGGCCUCCACUUACACUCUGAGCCCCCCCCCCCCCCGCAACUAAGACCCACAACUGCCCUGACCUAUCAGAAGAUAGAUUUCCAGGGAGACAUGCUUGCUGCCCUAAUUCCCAGCUUCUCCCCAGUAUCUAGGUCCCCUGCGGAAGAGAAUGUAAAAUAAACAUGGAUACCAGA